AGGGACGGAGGUGGGCUUUUCCUGCCAGCACAACUGCUGCAGUGUUCUUCCAGCGGACUAGCAAGGGUAUUCUUUUCUUUUACAUUCUCAAGCUUCUCUCUCUUGGAUGGUAGUUCACCUCGACCUCCUCUCACUAUGCCUACCCUCCCUUCCCCCUCCUUAAAGCAAAAUAUUUAGAAGUCUCUGGACAUCUACCGGCCCUGCAACAGGAGCUCCAGCAGCCCCACAUUCCACGGAUUCCUGCUCUGUGACGUCCCCAAGGACGGAGCUCCGCGAGCUGAGCCGGGUUGCUUCGGCUGGGGAGCUCCAGCUUCGUGUUCCAAACACACACAUAAAGGCGCGCACACACACGCGCGCGCGCGCGCACAGAACCGCAACGCCUCCACCCUUGGGACUCUCUCCAUGCCACAUUCCAUUCCGCCCCCCACCGCGAGCCCCUACCCUCCCUUCCUCCUCCCGGCACCCCAGCGCCUCAGAGCCCAGCCGGGUGGGGGUGGGGGUGGGGGGCGCCGCUGCCCCCGGCGCCUGCUUCAGCUCUUCUACCCGGAGCGGCCCCUUUCUUUCCUCCCCUCUCUCCUGCUUGCAUUUCCUGCGGCUCUCGCUCGCUUAGCCCUAGAAAGUCAGGGCAAACUUUUCCCUCUCCCGAGUGCAACGUGCGCAGGUCUCGGGGCAGGUUGCCGUAACUUUUUAUUUUUGCCUCCGCCACACCGCCCCCUCUUCCAAUCUUCAGUUCUCCUGGGAGAGCAAACACAAAGUAGCUGCUAGCGGGCCCUCCCUCUCCCUCCCACCUCAUCCCAUCCUCUCGGGCCUUAAACCUUGAAAUCUCCAGGCCACGGAACAAAACCCACACACGUUGACUAGCUUUCUCUUCUCGCUCUCUUUCCCCCUCUCCGUCCCGGUCCUUCCCUUUCCUUUCCUUCCUUGACUCUCCUCGCUUGAUCGGAGCGGAAACCUCCCUCCCCUUUCUCCUCCUCCUCCAACUACUUCCCCCCUCCCCUUCCCAAAUCAGCCACUGUAAUAAAUUCCUUGGGGAAUAGAAGCUUCUGCCGCCGACGACCUUUUCGUGGGGGACUCGGGACCUCUGUCCUGGGGGGACGUUUAAGCAGUUUGAAAACUUCACUGCCAUCCAGUUUUAAGUCUCCCAAAAUAGGGAGGGGGUGAAUCCUGACCAAUGAUUUUAUUGCUAUAGGGAAACCUGCUGUGGUUUGCAGCUGUGCCACCGGAGUGCUGUGUUGGGCAUGGACACCUCUUCCCAUACAUGGAGUAUCAGACCUGCUAGAGAAAUCCCCAAACCACAAGAUUGCUGAGGUGACUUUGAGAUAAGGGGGCAGCUGUCUUCGGCCAUAUAGCCAUGCCAUUUGGGCUGAAACUUCGCCGGACUCGGCGCUACAAUGUCUUAAGCAAGAAUUGCUUUGUCACCCGGAUCCGCCUGUUGGACAGCAAUGUGAUAGAGUGUACCCUGUCAGUGGAGAGCACAGGGCAAGAGUGUCUGGAAGCUGUGGCUCAGAGACUGGAGUUACGAGAGACACACUAUUUUGGCCUCUGGUUUCUUAGCAAGAGCCAGCAAGCGCGAUGGGUGGAGCUCGAAAAACCUCUGAAGAAGCAGCUGGACAAAUUUGCCAACGAGCCUUUGCUUUUUUUUGGAGUCAUGUUCUAUGUGCCAAAUGUGUCACAGCUUCAGCAGGAAGCUACAAGGUAUCAGUAUUACCUACAAGUCAAAAAAGAUGUCCUAGAUGGGCGUUUGCGGUCUACCCUGGAACAGGGAAUCCGACUAGCUGGCUUAGCUGUACAAGCUGAUUUUGGGGACUACAAUCAAUUUGAAUCUCAAGAUUUCCUUCGAGAAUAUGUGUUAUUUCCUAUGGAUUUGGCACUGGAAGAAGCUGUCCUGGAAGAGCUGACCCAGAAAGUGGCCCAAGAACAUAAAGCACACAGUGGAAUCCUGCCAGCGGAAGCUGAACUUAUGUAUAUCAAUGAAGUGGAACGUUUGGAUGGGUUUGGACAGGAAAGCUUCCCUGUGAAGGAUAAUCAUGGAAAUAAUGUGCACUUGGGCAUCUUCUUCAUGGGAAUUUUUGUGAGGAACAGAAUUGGACGGCAACUAAUACACAGGUGGAAUGAUAUUGGCAACAUCACACAUAACAAGUCUACUAUCCUACUGGAACUAAUCAACAAAGAAGAGACAGCCCUCUUUCACACAGAUGAUAUUGAAAAUGCCAAAUACAUUUCUCGGCUGUUUGCUACAAGACACAAGUUUUAUAAGCAGAACAAAAUCUGUACUGAACAGUCAAGUUCUCCUCCUCCCAUCAGACGGCAACCCACCUGGAGCCGGUCAUCACUGCCAAGACAACAGCCAUAUAUCUUGCCUCCUAUGCAUGUCCAAUGUGGAGAACACUAUACUGAAACUCACACUUCCCAAGACAGCAUUUUCCAUGGGAAUGAAGAUGCCUUCUACUACAGAUCCCAGACCAGCCUAGACCGCUGCGCCAUGGACAUCAAUUACUUAAAUGGAACCGUUACAAACGGCAGCGUCUGUAGUGCCCACAGCGUAAACUCUCUCAACUGCUCCCAGAACUUCAUGCAGGCGUCUCCGGUGUCCUCCAACCUCAGCAUCCCGGGGAGCGACAUCAUGCGGGCCGACUACAUCCCCAGUCACCGGCACAGCGCCAUCAUCGUCCCUUCCUACCGGCCCACCCCCGAUUAUGAAACGGUGAUGCGACAGAUGAAGAGAGGAGUCAUGCAUGUGGACAGCCAGAGCCAGUCGCUCAGGAAUCUCAACAUCAGCAACACGCACGCCUACAACCGGCCGGAGGAGCUGGUGUACAGCCAGCCCGAGAUCCGGGAAAGGCACCCUUACACCGUGCCUUACGUGCCUCACGGAGGCUACAGCAAACCCGUGGGCCGGGCCGACCCGAUCAAACCAAACAACAAGUCGGUGCACGGCAAGAAGGCGCCCAGUGCCAUCUCCCACACGGUGAGCACCCCGGAGCUGGCCAACAUGCAGCUGCAGAGCAGCCACAGCUACAACACGGCGCACAUGCUCAAGAAUUACCUCUUCAGACCGCCGCCCCCCUACCCCCGACCCCGUCCCGCCACCAGCACGCCGGACCUCGCCAGCCACCGCCACCGCUACGUCAGCGGGAGCAGCCCCGACCUGGUCACGCGGAAGGUCCAGCUGUCGGUGAAGACUUUCCAAGAGGACAGCUCGCCGGUGGUCCACCAGUCGCUCCAAGAGGUGAGCGAGCCCCUGACGGCCAACAAGCGCCACGCCCCCGUCAACAAGCGCCACAGCCUGGAGGUGAUCAGCAACAUGGUGCGCGGCAUCGAGGCGAUGGCCCUCAAGACGCUCAACGCCCCCAUACCGCGCCGUAACACCCUCCGGGAGCAAGUGCAGCCAGAGGAGGCGCAGAGGAGCCACGACGUUCAGCAGCUCCCCCACUUCCAUCACAAGAAGACGUCCUCUGACGCCACCAUGCUCAUUCAUAGCAGCGAGAGCGAAGAGGAAGAAGAGACUCCUGAAGUGGUUCCGCGGAUCCCUGCGCUCCGUGACGACGUCAGGUACAAUGCUCAGUUGCAAGCCGCUCUGGCCCGUAUCCCUAAUAAACCACCCCCUGAGUAUCCAGGACCGAGGAAGAGUAUUAGCAAUGGAGCCUUGAGACAAGAUCAAGGAAACGUGUGUGCCGCCGUGGCGAGAACCAGGAUGAUGAGACCAGGACCCGCUAAGGCCAUGAGUGUAUCUCGACCUGACCAGCUCACCAUCAACGGGUCUUCUCUUGGCCCGUCUAUCUCAGAACCGGACCUCACAAGCGUAAAGGAACGAGUCAAGAAAGAGCCUGUGAAAGAGAGGCCGGUGUCCGAAAUGUUUUCUUUGGAGGACAGCAUUAUAGAAAGGGAAAUGAUGAUUAGGAAUCUAGAGAAACAGAAGAUGGCAGGCUUGGAGGCUCAGAAGAGGCCACUCAUGUUGGCAGCAUUGAAUGGGCUCUCAGUGGCUCGGGUACCAGGGCGUGAAGUUAGCCAAGAUGAUGCAUCUAGAAUGACAAUGGAUGACAGGUUUAGAACCCUGAAGAAGAAGCUGGAAGAGGGAUUGGUUUUCACAGAAUAUGAGCAAAUUCCAAAAAAGAAGCCAGAUGGUGUUUUCACUACUGCCAUACUCCCUGAAAAUGCUGAGCGAAGCCGAAUUCGAGAGGUGGUCCCCUAUGAGGAAAAUCGUGUUGGGCUGGUACCAACCAAAGAAAAUAGCACAGGGUAUAUCAACGCCUCUCAUAUCAAGGUGGCUGUUGCUGGAGAGGAAUGGCAUUAUAUAGCAACUCAAGGUCCACUUCCCCAUACCUGCCAUGACUUCUGGCAGAUGGUAUGGGAGCAAGGAGUGAAUGUGAUUGCCAUGGUCACAGCAGAAGAGGAAAGCGGAAGAACCAAGAGCCAUCGGUACUGGCCCAAACUGGGCUCUAAGCACAGCUCAGCCACCUAUGGCAAGUUCAAGGUGACCACAAAGUUCCGAACUGAUUCUGGUUGCUAUGCUACCACAGGUCUGAAGGUCAAGCAUCUUUUGUCUGGGCAGGAGAGGACAGUGUGGCACUUGCAAUAUACUGACUGGCCAGAUCAUGGUUGUCCAGAGGAUGUCCAAGGCUUUUUAUCAUAUUUGGAGGAGAUACAGUCAGUGCGUCGCCAUACCAACAGCAUGUUGGAUAAUACCAAGAAUUGCAACCCUCCGAUUGUAGUUCACUGCAGUGCUGGUGUGGGGAGAACAGGGGUGGUUAUUCUCACUGAACUAAUGAUAUGCUGCUUGGAGCACAAUGAAAAAGUGGAUGUGCCCAUGAUGUUGAGACACCUGAGAGAACAGAGAAUGUUCAUGAUCCAGACCAUCACUCAAUACAAGUUUGUCUAUCAGGUCCUUAUCCAGUUUCUCCAAAACUCCAGACUCAUUUAAUUUCUCAUAAGAGCCAGCUCCUCAUGGGAAUGGAUCCUACAGAACUUUGUGGAAUGAAAAGGCCUCCAGACAACAUCUGGUCUCCCAGUAGGGUGCAGAAGGCUGGCAGCAAGUGUACCACACUGUCGCCAGAGUCAGGAGCCCGAGGGUUCCCCAUGAGCAGAACAGGAAAGAUCAUGAGAGAUCAUCAUGGAUUAUUUUAUAUGAGAUAAUUUAUUUUUUUCCCUUGGAAUAACUUUUGUGAAUUUCUGUAUUAUCUUCUUGUACCAUGUAUAAUGACUAUGUUUGAACCACAUUUUGACUGGUCUGCAUUGUGACUUCUCUGUGGGGAGAAUUGCCUGCGGAUCACCUUAGAGACUGAGGUGUAAGGUAGGGAGCACAUCUAGUUUAGCCAGUUUUCCAACAAAACUUUUAAUUCAUCAUUGGUUACUGUUGGUCAGAUAUGAAGAAGGUGAAGGAUUGAUUCCUUCACAAAAAAAGCACAGAAAAGUCUCCCCCAAAGUAGAGAGUGAUUUCAUUGAAUGUUUUUGCUUCUUAGACUUGCCGGCUACUUUUGUCUUUCAUUUCUUAUCCUCUUUCUUUACCCUCAUUAACCUCUCAGUUUCUGAGGUUAACUUAGUGAUUGGGAGAACAGGAAAAAAAAAAUCCUCUUGAUUUGAGCAUUGCAAAUUCCCAGGCUCAAUACAGUGCAAUUGUCUCAGCCACCCACAAUUCUGAGAUUAGUAUUCCAUGGUUCCCUCUCAGGGACUAUGUUUCUUGUAGUUGCUUCCUUUGGUGGAUUCAUUUGAUGAGCCUAGUGGCCUUUGGGGCACACUGCCAACCCCAUCUGUUCAGUCAGGCUAGCUGCCUGAUUGAUAUCAGCUGAUGGACCAAAGUGGGAAGGGAGCAGAGUGGAAAGGCACUUGACAUUUUUUGUUAUUUAAAUGUGGUGGAUAGAUGCCCAGCGGGCUAGGUGAUAGGUACAGUUAGUCUAUCCAUCAGUCCAUCAAUAAGUUAUUGGAAAUAUUGCAAAGGAAACAGUUGGGUGAUCUGAUUUACAGGAGCUCUUUGGCACUCACAUAGCCAGUACCUUGGCAAGAACCCCUGAAAAGCUUAACCACAGUAUGUGUUAGUCAUCUCUCUCUUUCAAUGACCUGUAAGGACAAAAGCCAGAAUUACCAAUAACCUAAGAACACAAGUUCAGGUCCACUGGCUUCCUUUCUUGGAGAUCAUAUCCAUGAUUUUUUUCUAGUGAAAUUCUUUCUUUACUUCACAUACACUAAGCACAAAUUAGUUCCAUUACCACCCCUAUCUUGAGAUCUAUUUGGCAUUCUGUCUUACCAUUUGUACCAUCACAGCCCUUGUAACUUUCUUGCAUUAGUAUAUUGUGUUUCAUCUUGUUUACUUCUGGUCUGGAUUUAAUUCAGUGCUUGACUAGACUUGUCUCUGGAGCUCCAGUUCUUUUAGGAGAUAGCCAUAAUGUAGUGCCUUAAAAAAAAAAAAUCUGUGAGUUCUUAAUUGAUAUUGGUAUUGGGUUGGUUUUGGUAUAUUUUUUCAGUAUGUGCAUCAAUGUUCCUUAAAGUUCAUUUUUCCCCUGGUCUGAAGGUGGACAGAAAGAAGGCCUCCAGAAUAGUUGGAAGUAUAAUCUCCUUUUUGAAUUCAACAUUGUACGGUAGGAACCUUAGAAACUGGAUCAGAAUAAAAAUUGCUGUGCUUACCCAUUUAGCACUUUGCAUCUGGCCACAUGUGGCAACUUCACUUACACUGAUUUCAUUUCAGGAGAUUGAUUUGUAAAUACAAAAAUGUGGGGUUAUAUAUAAAUAAAGCUUCUCUUCCUCUUCCCAAGAGGACCCUUGGUUUCUGAAGAGAGUAGUUUCAUGUUAGCUUUACCAGAUUCUGGGAAUCUUAGCAUAUGUGUUCUAAAAUCAAAGCCAUAAGUAUUAAACAUAGUAUAGAAAGAACACACAUUAAUUUCCCCACUGGAUGGCUUAGAACUAGAUAAUAUAUUUAAUUGAGAGUUUUUUUUUUUACAUUGCUUAAAUAUAUGAGGAUGAUAACUUUUUUAUUUGUUUGGUCCCUGAAAUGAAGGACACCCAGAUAAACUUGUUUGCAUAGGGUCUCAAAUGGGUAUCUUUAAAAAAAAAUUAGCUCCAUUCCCAUGAACUUUACUUAGAUUAGUCCAUGGGUGCCACAUUGAGCUCUGUUAAUACUCUUCAUUGCACCAAAUGGAGGAGGGAAAAGAGUUUAAUCACAAACUUUGUGGAUAGUGUUUACAUCAAAUACCAAAUAACCUAAAGGAAUGCUUUUUAAAAAAUAAAAGAACCUAUAGAUUUUGCACAUUUUAAAAAUUGCUUUUGGUCCUUGAGCACAUUUUGCUUUUCUUUUCAGCUCUCCAGCAAAUGCCAACACAUCUCUUGUUAAAUUAGUGGCAACCAUUUAAAGUCCUUUUUGUGGCAUCUGCAUAAUAAUUGCCCAGAGAUGCUUUAUAUCUGGGAAGCAGGCCAAGGAAUAAACCUUGAAGCAAAGUGUAUUAAAUUAGUUAUCUAGUUAGAGCUUUUGGAAUAAUUUCCUGAUGAUGUAUCAAGUUUGAACCUCGAGCUGUCGGGUUCCAUUGCUGCAGUUUGGAUUUGAAAGGCAGAGAAUUAAAUGAGGUUUGGGAGGUGGCAUGGGAGGUAGUGGGCUCUGGUCUCUGGAUUCAGAGCUUUCUGGUGCAAAUGUUUGUUUCUUCUGCACGGAAAGCCUUACUUGUUCAGACAUUUCAAUGAAACAACAUGAUCCCUACAUUGAAAAAGGAAAAAUUUAAGCCAAGUAGUUGUAGAGAUGUAUUUGUAUAGUGUAUAAUCAAUCACUUAAUGGAAGGGAAAAUGUUAGUUGUUAACUAUCCUCUCUACAUCCUUAACAGACAACAGGCUGCUUGAGAAAACAGAAGGGAAGUGAGAUAACUGGUGACUAAUCUGCUUCAACUCUCCCAAGGCCUCUUCCCUUUUCUCAGAUGUUUUACUUUCCUUACAGUCUUACCAUUUGGGGCCUUUGCAUCUUUUUCUUUUCCUUUGUGUAAGGGCCUGGUGUUGCAUCUAGACAUCAGUAAUGUCUAGAGAAAGAGUGAACUCACUGCUAUCUGACAACUGCCACUGUUGACCUUCCUCGGCCAAAUUUGCCAUUGAGUUGAUUAAGUCACUUCAAACAGAUUUCCUACAUGAUAGAGAAAGUCUGGAAAAGUCUACUUUUAGAGUACUGUAUGUGGAAACUUGUAACUUUAAGAAACAGCACCUUAAUGUUUGUCCAAAGUUUGAGUUAAAAUACUUGCCUUAUAUACUGGUAUACCCUUAAUUUUUCAAAGUUGUCUUUCUGCCCAGGGUUCUUAUCAAUGCAUGGAUGGUCCUUAAACAGAGCCAGGUAGGUGACUGACUCUGCUAUCUUCCCUUUCAUUCAAAUCACAUGGAUUACUUCUUGGAAAUUAACUGUCCUUAAUCAUCUUAUCUGCAAUUUAUAAGUUUUUGAACCAGGUCUUGGCACACCAGUUUCCUUUCAUAAAAAAUGACUAGACCUUCCUCAGGGAACAACUGAGGAGAGGUUUUCAGAUAAAGAGAAACAUUAAAGAGGAAGCAUAUUCAUUCAUUCACUUAACCUGUAGUUACUAGAUUUCUUCUAUACUUGAAGAUGCCAAAGUCAUCCAUUGCCUCUCAGGCCAUAACCAAUCAUCCUGACUCUUGUCUUGCCCAUGGAUUUCAAUGACUGGAAGAGAGACUUUGUGCAAUUCUGCCUCAUCUAAAUCCAAUUCAUGUGUGAAUCAAGACAUUACACUAUGGGGUUCUCUUUGAAAAUGAAAGACAGACUUGAAUUUGGUCUUAGAUGCUUCCUAACUGGGUGACCCUGGGCAAGUCACUCAACCCCAGUUAUCUAGCUUUUACCACUCUUCUGCCUUGGGACCAAUAAUUAGUAUCAAUUCUAAGCUAGAAGGUAAGAGUUUUAAAAAAAGAUAACAAAGGACAAACAACUGUGGGUCAGUCGGUCAGUGAGCUAGGCACUGGGACUACAAAGGCAAUGAAUGAAAUAGUCAUUUUCCUCAGGGAGCUUCUAUUCUAGUACCUACAAAUUGUAGCGCAGCCACAUAAGUUCUGUUCAUUCAUUCACAAUCACAUGGCACCAUGCGCAUAGUUGCUAUGCAGUAAAUAUUUGUGAAAUGAAUGAAUGAAUGAACAAAUGGAGUUUGCUUAGACUAGAAGCUUAAGGCCUGUUCUAGCUCUAACAAUUCUUUGAGUCUGCCGAGCCUCAUUUUUCUCUCAGUUCUUAUAGCCUAUGAUCCCUUUUAUUCUUUCUUAAGUCACUUAAAGAUGCUUUGUCCACCUUAUCAUGAUUCCUUAGCCAGUUAGGUUAAAGGGCAAGUAUUAUUAUUCUUACAACUCAUGAUAAUACUCAUGGGAUAGUUGAUCAAUGUCCUUUAGGAAAUAAGUUAAUUUCAAAGGAAGUGGCAUGCGUAAGCAAUUUGUGUGUUUGUAGAUAGAAUAUUACUUGUUUCCUUGGGUUUUUAUCCAAGUUAGUGCAGGAGGGAAAGCACAUUAUUUGUACAUACAAAAUUCCUUGGAAUUCAGGUCUUCAAUGUUUUCUUUAAGUAACUGUGAUCAACACUGUGCUACUUGACCAGGCUGCUGGGGGAAAGUUAUCAAAUCAUUCCCUGAUCAGAAGUCAAGGUGGAGACAACAAAAUAUAAAAGCUGAAAUACUUCUACAUGGACGAUGUUGAAUAUUGCUGGUUCAGAAUAUCUCAUAAUGGCAAGAAGGAUUGCAAACUGGAUUGAACUUCACUUUUUGCACUUAUAGAACCUUCUUUAAGAAGAAAUCUUCUUUAUGCCUGAAUUUGAAUUGCUUCUACCAAACUCCUUUGAUUUUUUUCUCUGUAAAACAGGAGAAUAGGUAUAGCUAACCUCUUCCCUCUCUAACAUUCUCUUAAGUCAAUUCCAGGUUCCUCUUCUAAUUGAUUAAAUAGAUGGCCACUUAAGCAAGUUACCAACUCUGUUGUAGUGUUUUGAUUUCUAGUGUCUUACUAAAAGGUAGUUGAAUAAUAAUUUAACUUUUACUGAUUUGUUUUUUUGGGGGAGCUUUGUAGAAGCUCAGUUGGUUCAAUGAUGAUCUUUUUUGAACCCUUACCUUCUGUCUUAAUAUCAUUUCAAAGAUAGAAGAGAGGAAAGGACUAGGCAACUGGGGUUAAGUGAUUUGCUUAGGGUCAUACAGCUAAGAAGUGUAUGAGGUCAGAUUUGGACCCUGGUCCUCCUGACUCAAGGCCUGAAACUCUAUCUGUUGUGCCAUCUAGCUGUCCACAAUGGUGACUGUUUGGAAAAUUUGGGCCAUAUCUUUGGGGAGGCAGGAAGUGUAGGGAGAGAAUAGGUUAAUUUCAUCAAACUGGAAAUACCCCCCCCUCAUUAAUAUAAUCUGCAAUUCGUCUGUUUCUAUGAAUCUUACAAAUUUGCCUGGGGGUAUCAAGCAGGCACACAGCUAAUAUGUGUCAGAAACAAAAUUUGAACCCAGUUCUUGACCCCAAGUCUGGCCCUCCAGUGAGUCCCUCACUGCCUUUUAUACUUUUCUUAAAUCGUUGCUUUAGGUCUUUUCAAAAUUUACUAUUUCUCAUUUCUUUCUUGAGGCUGGAUUUUCCUUUAGAUGAUUAUGUGCCAAUAAUAAAAAUAAUAAUCUUAGUCAUAUCGUAAAUUGAAAAAUACUUUUCUUUCAAUAGCCACAUGAGUUAAGCAGUGUAAGGAUUAUUACCCCCAUUUUACAGAUGAAACCAAGGCUCAAUUCAAAUCAAUUCAGUAAGCAUAUAUUAAUUGCAGAGUGAGAAGCAUCAUGGAGUACUGAAUAUAAUUCACCUUGGAUUCUUGAAAAUCUGAGUUCAAGUCCCUCCUCUGACAUAUAGUGGCUCUGUGACCAUAGGCAAGUUGUCAAACUUCUUAGUACCCCCCAGACAAAUUUUUAUGACUGUAAGUUCAACAAUUGUUCAUAUCCUUUGCUAAGGGAGUUUCCUUACUGGGAUUUCCUUCUGCCAUUGAAACUAGAGGUCAAGGGAGAGAAAAAAAAUGUAAGGAAUAGUUAUUAGAGAUUUUAAAAUGACUUGCCCUGAUAUAUCUAAGGGUCUAGAUUCAUGCUCAGCCUUCAGUAGCUUCUAAAUCUAGCUUUCAUUAUCCUAUGCUGCUCCCAUGAAUCAUUUCCCCAAACUAGUGCUAGUAAUUGGUGAGAUGUAGCUAGAGGUCAAUAACCACUACAGCAAAUACUACCAGUGGAUGUUCUAGAUCUUUUCGUUAAGGUGUGAUUAUUGUUCCAUAAAGACAUCUCUUAGAACAUGAAAGUGGUUUUAUUAUAUAGAAGGCUUGCAGUAAUCAUGAUUGUUCAAGCAAGAUUUUGUGCACCAAUGGGCAAGUCUGUGGAUGCUCUGAACAAUUGUUUUUUCCUGAAAUGAAGUCCUGACCACCUAACUUCAGCAGAUGAGAGUAUUCUGAAGGUCUCUCUAACAAGAAAAAUGGAAUUUGCCUUUUGAUCUGGUUCUUUGAUAUAUGGUUGCUAGGAAAAGCAGGUGUAACCAUUUACAUUGUCUUUAAGGAGAGACAAAAAUCUUUUACAGGGCAUGCUAAGACCAGUCUGUGUUAGGGAGGUUCCUGUUGGGGAAGAGGAGUGGUUCACUAUGCUUGGAGAAUGUUGUGCUCGGCCCCAUCUUGGUGUCACUCAAACAGUUCUCAGUGCCAAUGAAUGCCUCCCUUGGGUGCUAUAGGUCAGAAGGGCAACAUGGCAUUGUAAAGUAUCAAUCUGAAUGUCUUUUAUGAGAUACCAAGGACCCUACUCUCUGGAUAACCACUACAGCCAUACUUUUAAUGCAUUUUAUUAAGCACAAGUAACCUUCAGUUUCCAGAUUUUCCUGAAUUAAGACCAAAACCAUUGAUAGCAGAGGGGAGAUAAUUUGGAUUUCUCCCCUAAAUUCACUAAUUCAGAUAAGCGUAAGAAUAAAAAUACUUUAUUUAGAUAGCUGAAUGUCAUUAGUUCCUCCAACAAAUUUUGGCUUUUUUCAGGUUGACAUUUUACAUGUAGCAUUUUAAAGCAAAUCAAAACAUUGUUCAUUGAACCCUGCCUCAUUCUUGCUUUGACAAGAACCCUAGAGAUAUUUCGUAGAAAGAAACAUUAAUGAGUGCCUGAUCGAAAUGAGUCAAAAUAGAAGAACGUGAUAUUUUCUGAGAAAAAUGAAUGACACUGAAUUUAUAUAACAGCUUUAAUAAUUUUCAAAGGUAUUUUUACAUAUACUAUCUCAUUUUAGUCUUCAUGACAACCUUGAGAGGUCAGUGCUAUUGUUAUCCCCAUUUUACAGAUGAGGACAAUGAGGCACAUAGAGGGUAAGGGACUUGCUCAGGGUCAUUCUGCUAGAAAGUGUCUAAAACAGGAUUCAAACGUGAGUCUCCCUCUUACAGAAGAAUCAUGCUAUUCAAAUGUUUUACCUUCUUUCAAGGCUAAAUGUUUGGCAGAACAGAAGUUAGCCUCUAGAAGGUGUGAUUUCCCAGUUAUAGUUUCUUUUCUUCAUGUCAGAGAGAUUUCUUGGACCUUAGUGCUGAGCAUUAGGCAUAGUUCUCUUUACUUCCAUCUCCUCAGAGUAGGGUUGUUUGUAGAAGGCAACAUGAGCAUUAGCCCCACAAAGUGUGGAAUGUCAGUUAACCCAAUUACUUUAAAAAUAAAUGUAAGAUUGCUUUGUUGUAACACUUGAGGACCAGGUUUGAUGUAUUACUCUCACUAUUUAUGCUCUAACACAAGUGCCUUUGGGUAUGUCCCAGUAAAAAGUCAUAGCUGAUCAUGUCUUCAGUCUACUGAAGUCAUACUUUGAAAAUUGUUUUGUAAAUUUCCCAGCAUGAUGGCUCAUAGGUCCAGUUUAAGGUAGGAGAGACUAGAAAGACAGGGAAGGAGUGUAUGAGCCUCAAAGAUAGUUUCCAAAGUAUUAAUCUACUUACUCAUGAUUUUGUCAUCAAUUGAAUGUUCAUUUCCUAGCUGAUUGCACACCUCCCUAUGUCAAAACAAGUGCUUUAUGGGUCUUAAGGAACUACUGGGAGGUGAGAAGACUGUAUCCUUGUACUGGCAUCUGUUUUCAUUUUUUUGUAAUAUUUUUACUUUGUCUCUAGAUGAAGUAGAGAUUGAAUAAUGUAGAUCGCCAGAUUGGAUAGUUCAAUCGCCCAAUGAGUUUUUAGGUUCAAAUUCUUCUGUUUGUCUUUCUACAUUGAUCCAUUGUACCAAAAUCACUCUCCACUUUGUUUUGUGCUAUAGUAUUGUUUUAUUUGCCCAAACCCAAUUUUACUGCAGACUAUGCCUAUUUGCAUGGUGAGCUUCAUACUAUUAAUAAUUAGAUUUCACAGGAUUUGGCUUUUCUAUCCCUAGGAUCAUUAAGGUCCAUAAGAGUCAACUCUCAUCCUCUUUGAAUAAAAAACAUUCUUAUGCUAGAGAACAUAAAACCUAACGAUGAUUAACUGAUCAUAGUGACCAGUUGGACAGCUUGUCUUGGAUGAGUUGAGUGGGGAUGGGUAUUAUUCCAUAGUCAUAAAGAACCUCACAAUUUUAUUGAGUGGCAUAGUGAUUAUCCAUUCAUUAACUACAUAAACAACUCAUUAUUGGAAACUUAACCUAGUUGGACUGAUAACUUCAAAAUGGCACAGUUUAUUAGUAGAAAAGUAGUCAUCUAAAAUCCCUACCCAAUGACUAAAUAACUAGCUUUAGGAAACAUUAUUUUUAAUAGACAAGCUAACCUAGUUUCAGGGCAUAACCCAGUUUUAUAUGAUUUCCCAAAUAAAGUCUUGUUUUUUAGGAGAACCACCAGUGGUAAAAGUAUCUAGAUAACAUAUAGGACUUAAUAGCUCAGGAACACGAAGUUACACUUUUGUUCCUUUGUUGAUGGAGAUCAGUGACAGACUACUUAUGUUCUGCUCACCAUCUGACAACUUAAGAAGAGCUAUUGCCCUAGUUGCUACAACAGGUUUGGUGCUGCUCUUUAGGAAGAACUUUGUAGUAAUUAGUCAAAGGUUGACUUCUCAUAGGAUCUCUGUGGCUUUGGCCAUCAUUGUAACAUUUAUAGUUGGAAAUAGAACCUUUGAAAACUAAUCUCUAAUCUCUGUGUGCUGAGAUAACAUUCGCUUUCACAGACUUUUUGCACAGAUUUUUGCUUUUUUAUUGGUCUCAAAGUUGAAUGAGUUUUAGGUCUAUCAAGACUCGUAGAACCAUAACCAGGUUAGAGCUAACUAUCUCAUAGUGCUCUGAGAAAGGUAGUCCAACAAAGAGGCUUGUUAUCUAACCAAAGCUUGCCAAUCCCUGAUGUCCCUUUCACCCCACCCCCACCCCAUGUAUUGAAA